GCGACAAAUGCUAGCCGGCAAAAAUAAAUCCGCCAUUCGUUAUUUUUGCGUUAAUUUGAGAUUGAUCGGACGAAGAUUCAUGGGCUUCUGGCAAUAGAAAACUAUUUUCUGCACACUACAUCAUGGAUAAGAUGAAGGGGAAGAAGGGAACCCCAAAGUCCCAGGAUCAUGAGAAACAGAUUAACCUACCAGAGGAUGUACAGUCAGGCUCGGCCAAGAGAAAGAGUCGUGGUGAAGUUGAGCCGCGGACGCCACUGAAGAGGCAGCGUGUGCCCGUUCAGAAGUUCCAGUCUCCAGCCGAUGAGCUGAUCCCAAUGCCAUCGACCUCCAAACAGAAGGAAACUCUUGAAAUGUUGCACAAGAAGGGAAGUUUCCUCGGAGUGAGGGGGGAGGAAGGCACAUUUUACCUGUGUAAGACGAUACAAAAUGUGUUCACCAACACACGGAAGUUUAAGAUCCAGUGGCUGGACCUUGAUCAGCCCCCAGAUGUGUACAAACUUGACUUUGUGGAUACAACUGAUGCAGACUGCAUACUUACCAAUGUGAAGAUGGAUCGAGUUGAGAAGGACACUUACAAGCUACCUAUCAAGGAGCAGACUAGGGUAGAGGAGAUUCUACGGAAGGCCCUACUCAAAGAACGCGGAGAGCCUGUGGAUGAUAUCAUCAUACCGGGAAUGUCGGGCUCCGAGUCUGAGGAUGAGGUCAUGGAGGAGGAUGAGGAAGAGAGUGAGGAGGAAGAAUGGGAAGAAGAGGAGACCCCAAAGAAGCCGAAAAGUACACCCAAAUCAAAAAAGACCCCGGCAUCAGCUAAAGGAAAGGGAUCUAAAUCUAAGCCAGAGAAGGGAAAGAAAACACCGGUAAAAGAGAAUAAAGUGAAACCCGAGAAGAAAAAAGGCCCAGACAAAGACCUCAAACCGAAUACCAAAAUAAAGGUGCUUGAGAAGGAGCCAUUCUUCGAGACAAAGGAGAAGGUGGAGUUUAUGUCCAAGUUUGUUCAGGGAAAGCUGGCUAUCCGAGCUGUACUUCUCAAUGACAUGAAGCUGUUACAGAGCCUAAUGGAGGAUCAUGUGAAUGUGUAUGAUUUGAGUGAUUUCCGAUCAGUGGACAUCAAGAGAAACGCCCUGCAUUAUGCUAUAGAGCAGAAGAAUAAAGAAGCCAUCCGACUGUUGGUGAAAGAUUUCAGCACAUUCAAUGAGCGCAAGAAGAAGGGCUCAAUGCAGUCCGUCUUGAUCUCUAAAGCCGACACAGGGAGAUAUAACCCGAUGUCUCUGGGUGUGCGUGCCAUUCGAAAAAUAUCCCAAUCUCGCGGCAGCAGGGAAGGCAAUGAUGCCUUCGUGAAGGACAUAGUGGAUGGUCAGUGUGAUCAUGAACUGACCGACUAUGUUGAGGAUGCUUUGAAGCUGGGUAUUGACCAGGAGUGCUUCACCGAGCUUGUACAUGCAAACAAGGACUCCACCGGUGAUCUGAUAAGCCAUGCAGUGUCUAACGUAUACCAGGCAGUGUUGAGUGGGAACCGGAAAUUAGCAGGACAUCUUGUAGAACAGGCGAUGAAAGAGUCCAGUUCAGGAUUUGGUUACCUGCACAAAGACGUCUUGCUGUUUGACAAAGAGGAGCUGCGAUCCAGUAUCUUGGCUGCAUCUGUGAAAAAGAAACCAUAUGAUAACAAGUCGAUCACACCACUGCACUGUGCAGCCAUCAACCCAAAUGUAGCAUACCUGAAGCGUCUUCUGGCUGUGGAGCCUAAUAUGAACCUCGAGGACCGGGACCACCGACGCCCAAUACAUUUUGCAGCCGUCUGUGAGGGUGUCGGGCCGCUUGAGUUUCUACUAGAAAGAGGAGCAAGCCCUCUUGAGGUAGACAACCAGGGUAUGACCCCGCUACACUACGCCUGCUAUGCUGGAAGACCUAGAAAUGUGGACAUUCUCCUCAGAAGAGCUAAGGCUGCGUCCCAAAAGCAGGGAGAUGUAUUUUCAACCAAGUGGGGCCCUGGAGGUGUGGAUCGACCAUGUCGGAGCUCCUUCUGUCCCGUACAUAUGGCUGUACAUUACAGCCAAGCAGAUGUGUUGAAGAUCCUUAUCAAGCACCAGGUGGACGUAAACAAGCCGCUCUCUGCAGGGAAAAACAGGGUGACAUGUCUCAUGGUAGCAGCCAGUCACGGGGAUCUCGAGAUCUGUAGAAUACUAGGUCAAAAUGGAGCAUACAUCGACCAAGUUGACAAGUUAAAGAGGUCAGCGCUGAUACACGCAGUGAUGAACGGUAACACCCACGUAGCCUCAUUUUUGCUGCACCUCGGGGCAAACCCUAACCGCUGUGACUCCUCAGGGAACUCUGUUGCCCACUAUGCGGCAGCCUAUGGCUGGAUCUUUUGUUUGAAGCUGCUACACCAGGCUGGGGCAGACCUCGGCAAGGCCUCUGACUGGCAGACGACCCCGAUCAGCAUUGCGUUCCUGAAAGGCCAUGUGGGAAUUGUGGACUACCUCUUGAAACAGUCUGGAGUGGACAUCAACUUCAAGGAUGAUGCUGGUAUGACAUUGACCAGUGUAGCAGUGUCCAGUGCCCUUGAGCCCGGUCUCUAUGAUCAAGUAAAACAUCUGUUGUCUAAGGGAGCUAACCCAACCAUCACCGACGUCAACAACAUGGACUCACUUCAUCACCUGGCCAAAAGUGAAGUCCUCAAACCCAAACCUCAGCUCAGCUAUUGGAACAGGGAUGAAGCUGACGAUAGUAAAGAAUUGGAUGAGACGAAGGUGGAUUUGACAGUCCGUCUAGCCACUCUUCUACUAGAUGCAGGCUGUGACCCGACACUGGUGGCUGAGGACGGAAAAACAGCCCUUAUGCUUGCCAUUGAACAGCUGAAUGUUGGUCUGGUGAAAUUGCUGGUAGAGAGAGGUGGCAUCGUGACAUCUCAUAAGACGGACGACGGACGCACAAUUCUUCAUCACAUGGUCAAUCUCUGUAUGGACGCCCACCUGGCUCCCAUACUGAAAAUACUGGUAGAACAGAAACCAAUCACUGUGAAACCCCCGCGGAAGGAUGCAGUGAAGGAGGAUAAAGAUGAUCGCAAGGAGAAGAUGGUUGUGGAAAAUGGGGACAACGGGGAAGACCAGAAACCAGAAAAGAUGGAGGUGGACGGGGAACCCGGGGGACCUGGAAAGAGGGAGAAAGGUUCUGGAGAGGGUACACCCCCUGCACAGAAGGAUGGCCCUAAACAAAAUGGCUCAGGGGAUGGAGGAGGUAAUGAGACUGUGAAUGGUAUGGACGUGGAUGAGCAGCCACCAGCUCUGGAAAAGAUGGUGUCAGUUGCGUCGCAGGAAGACAUCUGGCAAAUCAUGGCCACUGAACUAGACCAUGAGGGUUACAUGCCACUUCUUCUGGCUUGCAAGGUCUACAGGGGUUUCAAGAAAGGAAAGAUGGCGCAUGAUGCCGUGAAAAAAUGCAGCGAGAAUGGGCGAAACUUCAUCAAGGCGCUGAUUGAGCUGACAGCAGCUGAUGUGUCAGAAACAGUAAAGGAAAUCGUGUUCCCUGGAAACCCCCCGGAGAGCGAGGCAGCCAGAUACACGAAGGAUGGCAAGUGUUCAGCUCUUCACAUGCUACUGCAUGUGGGUCAUGAGGUUCUUGAAGGCCUGGAGUGUGCCGGUCUCCAGCUGCUGUGUGAACACUCCCCUAAGACGGAGUGUAGAAACCUCCACAAUAAGACACCUAUCAUUGAUGCUGUUGAGGACAAGAACGUCAAGGCAGUCCACCUACUGAUCAAAGCCGGAGCCAAUGUGAAUGUAACAUUCGGCAAUGAAAUUCAUGGACAUAUUACCCCACUUCACAAGGCAGCAGACAUUGGAGAUGUCUCUCUGGUCCGAGCGCUGAUCAAGUCCGGGGCAAACGUGAAUGCAGUUAACACUAAAUCAGGGGAAACACCACUGCAUAUGGCUGUACACAAUAGAGUGAACGACAGUUUUGUGAUCGAGAUUGCACAGCUGCUUUUAGAGGCCGGUGCGGAUAUCAACAUGGGGAAGUUUACAGCCCUCCAUGCCGCUGUUCUGGCCAACACAGGAAAGGCAAAUGCUUCUACAGAGCUUGAGGAGUUUCUGCUGGCUCGUGGAGCAAACGUUCUUGCUCGGGAUGAGAAAAAUAGGCUACCCCUACAUUACGCUUUCAUCUCUCAGUCAGACCCAGAGAGCCGGUCUCGUGUGGACCCGAUAGAGCUUGUGAGUGUGCUGGUGGAUGCCAUGGGAGGUCGUGACCUUGACUCGCGUGACACAGACGGACGCACAUCGCUACACCUUGCUGCUACACGUGGGGCCACAAUCUCCUGUGUACACCUUCUACAGCGGAAGGUACCACUGCUGGCUGCAGACAACAAGGGCCACACAGCUCUGUCCCUGGCGGUCAAACACAAACAUGACAGUUGUGCGAUAGUGCUGCUACAGAAGGGAGCCAAGGUAGACACCAGUAUCGUAAUACCCGCCGGUGAGCCCCAGGACUGGAGGAAUUAUUACGAAAACCCUGCCAGCGAUAACCCUGCCAAGGAAAAGAUACCUAUCUGGUCCUGGAUUCCGUUCAGGAAUAUUGACACAAGCUGCAAGGAUACCACAUUUGAUAUUUACGAGGCGGCUAUAUCCGGAGAACUACAGGGUGUGGCCCAUAUGGUCUUGGAUAGCACGGGCCUCACAGGCAGGGCAAUCGAGUCGGCCAUGAAAGUGAAGAAGUAUCACAUCGCCCUGCGUCACCUGCAGCGUGUAAAGGAUGCGAAAGUUGUCACUGGCUAUCGUAACCAGGACAAGCAGAACCUGCUUCACACUCUCGCUCAGUCAGUCAGUAGGAGCGACCUGCAACUGCAGCUUAAGGUGGGGAAAGUAUUGCUGGAAAAGGGCGUGUCUAUGUCUGACCUUGACACAUAUGGCAGGGUCCCACUCGUGUAUGCCGCACUGCUUCACCAGCCCCUGGACAUGUUCAAGUUCUUCCUCGACAACACAACAGCUGACCUGAAUCAAAAGGACAAGUUUGGGCGUACAGUGCUGGUGGCCCUGUUCUGGAACCAGACUCGCAUGCAUCAGAAAGAAAAGAAUGACAACAGAUUUGGAUGUCUGAAACUUCUCUUAGACAAGUGUGCGAGUGUGGAGGUUCCGUAUGCAGUAAGCUGGCCCCCGACACCACUGUUUGACGUGUGUAUGGCAGGUGCCCUCCUUGACUUCAACAAGCCAGGAGAGGGCAGGAAGAUGACCCCACUUGUGGCCUCUAUUUAUAAUGACGAUGAAGACCUGGUUCGCUUUUUACUCAAGAAUGGUGCCAACCCAAACAUGCCAGAUGAGAAUGGCCUCACCCCCAUCAUGCAUGCAGUCAGAGUGAAUUGCCGUCUGAUAACCAAGAUUCUCCUGGACUAUGACUACAAGGAGAAGCAGACUGGUUCAGCUGAUGACACUGUACCUCAGUUGAAGAAGAAGUUUUCAAGACAGGUGUUUGCUGUUACGGCAGCAGAUGGUGCUGAAGAUGAUGAUGAUGAUGAUGAUGAAGACAAUGAUGACGACAAGGGAACGCAGGAGAAUGACGAUGAUGAAAAUGAAGGCUAUGGAGAUGCAACAGACGAUGAAGAGCAAGAUGAGGAGAAUGUUGAUGAAGAUGCUGGGAUGGAUGACGAUGGUUCCGACCAUGACACUGACGUCGUUGACGAUGAUGAUGAAGAUGAAGGGGACAGGCAACUUGCCCUGCCCCGCCUCGGCUCCAAACAACCCUCGAUGAGAAGGGUACCAACCUCCAUUGAAAAUAAUAAAGAUGAGUUUGAGGUAGUAGUGAAGACUAGCCCUGUCAACCUUGCAGCUGUGGACAAUGCUGGUCGUAACGUGGUCCACCAUCUUGUGUGCCCAAUGGAUUAUGGCACAUUUGAAUGCGAAGACCAUCUAUAUAUGCUUGCCCGUGCUGGAGCACCAUUGGACAUUAAGGACGCGGCAGGAGACACACCCCUACAGCUGGCUCUGAAAAACGGGGCCCCGCGGCUUGUAAAGCGUCUGCAAUCUCUACUGAAGGUGGAGUCCGAGAAACAGGAAAAAGUGACAUACAGUCCAUUCAAAAAGGAAAACCAGGGAUCGUCACCAGUGGCGAGGAAGUAUGAGAAAGAUGCAGAAGAGAUGUUGAAGAAGAUAACACCCGCCCCGGAUGAGGACGGGAAUAAGAAUGUGAGGUGUAAAGUGGACCAACAGUGCAUGGCAGCUGUCGGAGGGGAAGUUGAGUUUGACAAAACCCAGGGAUUGCCAUACGACGUCAUCCUCUCUAAAAUAGAAGUGCGAAGUUUACUCAGUGACACUUAUAACUUUUACAAAAUGCAAAUCAUUUAUCAUAAAGCCAAAAGCAUUUACAUUCUAUUCACCAAAUGGGGCCGAAUAGGGGAUUCGGGCCAGUACCAGCAAACUCCAUACCAGAACCUGUCAGAGGCUGUGACAAGUUUCUGCCAGAUCUUCAAGUCCAAGACUGGAAACAAGUGGACUGCAGUGAAGGAGUUUGUGAGCCAGCCAAAGAAGUACACAUUGGUCAAGACAGAACAGCCCCAGUCAGCUCUCAGGGUGGACUUCAAACUCGAGUCCAGCAUUCCAUCACGCCUUUCAACCGCUGUACAGGCUCUCUUCAAGGAAUUGGGUAACGUGGAAAUGAUGCAGGCAGCUUUACUAAAAUCCAAAAUGGCAGAGGAGUACAUGCCAUUUGGUCGCAUUGAGAGGAACAAUCUUAUAAAAGCACGAUUGAUACUGCAGGAAAUAGGGGAAAUGGUUGUAGAGACGGAAAAGAGAAAACAGAACAUGUCAUUUGACAGCAAUGAACAUCAAAAAUAUUGCAAUACGAUCUCAACAAAGUCGACGACCUACUACAAUCUGGUCCCAAUGGAGGGGUACGCCUAUGACCGCAUCGAGCCCUUGCACAAUAUAUCGGCCAUACGUAAUCAGAUGCGACUCAUUUCAACGCUACUGGAUCUCGAGACUGCUAGCAAGAUGAUGCUGGGGGCUCAAUAUCACAUCAGUGACGUGAACCCCCUGGACUACCUGUAUGAGUCCACGGGCUGCACGGUGGAACCUCUCAGGGAGGAGGAUGUAGAGUCUCAGUACAUCCUCAAAUACAUGCUCAGCUCUAACACGACACAAAAGGUGUUGUGUAUGUACCGGCUGCAGCGCCCGGGUGAAGACGAAAGAGAGAAGUUCCGGAAGCUUGAUAACCAUCGCCUUCUAUGGCACGGCACUGCAACCUCGAACGUUCUCUCUAUACUGAAGAACGGCCUCCUCGUGGCACCACCAGAGGCUCCCAUCACAGGGGCAGCAUUCGGUGAGGGCAUCUAUACAGCGGACACAUUCGAUAAAAGUUCAGGCUACUGCAGCAAUUACAGCUCUAAGUCAGACAUCAAAUGUGCUUUCUUGUGUGAGGUGGCAUUGGGUAACCUUCGGGAGGAAGUAGACAACUCUGGCAAGCUGGACAUGAUCCAUUCUGAAUACAACAGUCUCCUCAUACACGGCCGCACCUUCCCCAAACAGUUCUAUGAUGUCACUCUGCCAUAUGGAGCUGUAAUGCCAGCCGGGUACACAGUUAGUGCAAAGAAGUGGAUGUCACCUGAGGGAGAGGUGAACCGCUGUGUCCCGUACAACGAGUACAUCGUACAGGACUCUGAGCAGAUAGCCCUGCGAUACCUCAUACAGUUUGUGGACUAGAGGGUGCUGGGCUUGUGGGCUCAAGGCUACUGGGCUCCUUCGGCUUUUGGGCUAGUGAUUGCAGGGCUUUGUUUUGGGGUUUAUGGGUGAAAAAGUGGGGGAGACCGUUUACAAUGGUUAAAAGUGUGUGACUGUAAAAAUGGUUGUCUUACUGGUGGUUUUAAGGUUGGAAUUGUUUUGUUGAUAUGAUAUUUGGAACCUGGAUAAAAGAUACCACAAAACCAAGAUAUGAUGUAAGGUUGAUUUUUAGCAGAAUAAAUUUCUGUGUUCUUGAAAAAUUAAGAGAAAAUAAUGGCAUACUUAAAACAAAUUGAAAUUGUUGCAGAAUUAAAAAUUUAUAUAUAAUGUGUUUCUACUUGAACACAACGUCCCAAUACAUAACUUGAGAAGGACCUCUGUAAAUACCCUUGAGGCAAGCAUAUAGAAAAGUUUUAUCCUUGUAGAUAGUCAUUGUAUAUAGCCAUUUUCCAUGGUAAACAUUUGUAGAUUAUUUUUCUGCUGACUAAUGAAAAAAGUGUUUAAAGCAUUACAUAAAACAUUGUCAUUUUGUGAAAGUACCUGUAUAAUUACGGUUUAAGUGAACGCGAGAAAUUAAUCAAUGGUGAAUUCUUUAUAAAUUUGUCAGUUGUCUUUAUUGGUAAUAGACAAAUUACAUACAGGUAUAGCUGUUUAUAUCUUUUUCACUUCCAUUCAUGUCUUUAUUUGGUGUUUAUUGAUUUGAAUUAUUGAAUUCAUUAUCUUGACAUGUGUUUGUAUGUACUUUUCUAAUGUACAUGUGUUUAUUGGUCAUUUAAGAAUCAUAAUGGAGGGUUUUCUGAAGCAUUGUCAUAGCCUUGUUAUCGUUGAUUUUGAUUUGCGAAAACUUAACAUUCGCAAGGCCCAUAACUCUAGCUUUAAUGAUUUUAGAGUUGCGUCCAUUGUGCGACUUGGAAAUAACAGACCAGCGUUUGUGUUCACCCGGCGUUCGUGUUCACUCUUGUUUACACAUGUAAUUUUCUCUUUAUGAUUAAUUUCCCAUAGCAAAACCCUAGGACUUUAAUCUACAUGUAUGUCUAUAUGUCAUUCUAUGGUCAGAUUUGUUGUCUAUGUUGAAUAUUGUUUACAAGGGAAUGUUUUAUUAUACAUGUAGAUUUAUUGUAGCUUUUCUCAUAUUUUUCUGUUAAAAGAUUUAUUUUGGUUUCAUAUUUUACCGUACUUAUCUUCUUUACAUGUACAUGAUUUGUGUGUAUUGUUAGUGCUUUAUGUCUGUUUCUGUUGCAUAAUUUCGCUUUAUUUUACUUGAUAGUGCUAUUUACUGACCCCUGGCCCCAAUUUCUCCAAACGUCUUAACCUGAACAGGCUUAAAUAGCUUAUUUCAAGAUGCCUAAAUGCAUACUUUAAACUUUUGAGGAAUAACAUAUGGUUUAUUGUAAUUAUCAUAAAGAUCAAUGCAUAUUUAAUGUCUUAUAACUCUUAAAGAUGUAAAUAUUAAGCAAAUUAUAGAGAAAAAAAUAGUGAGCUCUGCUUCAUCCUGUUUUAAGGGACUUAAGAAGUUUCGGGAAAUUUUGGUCUGGGCAGGUAUUCACAAAAUGUCUUAGGUCAUUUUCUUACUUAAGUCAAUUCUUUGAUUUUGUUAUUGUCAAAUUCAAAGUACUUACAGUAUAUCAUUAUUGUAUCAUAAAAGUGUGUGUAUUUUAAAUAAAGCGAGAUAAAGUAUUUUAGAGUUUGGUAAGUGAUAUCAUAUGACCAGUGAACUUAAAUUAGGAAUUUGAGUUAAGUUAGAAUAUGACUUAAGAUGUUUAAUGAAUACUGGCCAUGUUGUAGGACCAUGUACUCUUGAUGUGUCUUGCUUAGUAUACAAAUCAUAAUAUAGGGUUGACUGCACCAAUACUGUGUUCCUACUCUCGGCACUUAAAUAAAAGAUUGAUACUUUGAUGUCAUUUUGACUGACACGUUUACAUCUUUAUGAUAGUGAACGUUUAAAAGCCGUAGUUUCAAAACUAUAGUUAAGGUCACUAUAUUCACAUUUGGGGAUUUAAACAAAUUUACCAGAUGAUGUGUUCGAAGAUCAAUAUACUACAUUAUAUGUCUAGGCACGAGUGACACCACACGACUGCUGACAACAGAUCCCAGUUUUUCAUACUUGCACUCAAAAAUUAAUGUUUUAUGGCUUACAGUGUUACAAACACUUUCAAAAAAUGAGUUUGUCCGCAUAUAGCAUCCAUUUUUGAAUGUAAAUAUAAAAAACUGCCAUCUGAUCUUUUGUCACCAGUCUUUAUCACUGGUUUCCAGACAUUUCAGAAGUUGUCAAAAAGGUCAUUCUGUGAGAGUGCAGCUUUAAGAUGAAACCUAUGUGUGUUGUGUAGUCAAAAUUAUAUGUGACUUGUCUAUGCUUAAGAGUAUAUGUCUAAAUGUAGCUGUUCUGCCUUAAAAAGGACUGGUUUUUUUAUCAAAUGUUGGUUUCCAUUUUCUUAAUGCCUUCUUUCACCAGAAUGACUUACAUUUUCUAUUCACUUCAAUUAUGUAUUCUUAGUGAUAUUACAAACAAAUCAUGUGGUAAGAACGUUUGAUUGUAGUGACAAUCUUGCAGAGUAAAAAUUCAGGUUUUCAUUUCUUAGCUCAGGCUCAAAUUCCUCGAAACUUCUUAAGCUUAACAGGUUUAAGUAGCUUAUUUCAAUAAGCCAAAAUACAUACUUAAAAUGAAUUUUGAUGAAUGAAAAAUGGUUAAAAAUUGUGAUUAUCAUAAAGGUAAUUCCUAUCUAAAGUAUAAAAACUCUUAAAAAAUUAAAGAUUACGCAAAUUAUUGAAAAACGAAAAUAGUGAACUUGGCUUAAACCUGUUAUAAGGGACUUAAAAAGUUUCAAGAAAUUUAAGCCAGCUGGCUUUCAGUUUUCUAUAGUGUGAACAUUUUAGUGCAAAGCUUGUUAUAUGUACUGUGGAUUUAAUGUUGUGCAUUUAUAAUGGCGUGGGCGAACUGUGUAAAAAUUUAUUUGACCCAAUAAUUCUGUCACAAGAUCUCUGUAUUUGGCAUCAAAAACCAAUAUCAGGUCAUACAUGGGCUCACUGCAAGACUGGCCUAACACUGUAUGAAAAUAGAGGAGUUAUGUCAGUCUUGCCAUGAGCCCUUGGGCUGAACUCUAUUCAUCAUCAUCCAUGCCUUACAUGUAUGUAAUUAUUGAUUCAGAUGUCUUAUUGUAAGAAAACAUUCACAUAAUCUUGCACAUGGUUUAAUUCUGUAUUAUUGAAUUAUGGAUCUUGGCCUGGCGGUGCAGCACUUGUGGCCGGGAUUGAAAACAGCAUGAUUUAAUUAUGCCCAAAGAUCAUUUACUUGUAGUAGUUAGAAAGGAAUUAGAUAUGUUGAGAUUAAAAAUGAAGUAUAUAGAACCAGACAUGAAAUAAUUAUGUUGCAUGAUCACAUUGUGUUGAUGUAUUCAUUUGAAUAAAAUCUUAAUGUAGUAUUGUAAUUUGUGAACUGAUCAAAUAAAUCUAGUAUA